AUGAGCAAACUCUUCAUUAUCAAAGAUCAAUAUCAUUCCACUCGAAGUUUAUUUGAUUUUAAUUUCUGCGAUGACAAAAAAAAAAAAAUCUCAAAGAUAAAGGAAAUUCAUGAACGCGACAAAAUUCCAAUUAUCGUUGGUGGGACCCAUUAUUAUAUACAAUCUCUGCUCUGGAAAAAUACUUUGAUCGGUGACGGAUCUAUUAGCGGCGAAAGCGAUUCUGAUGAAGAAUCAGAAUUUAGGGAAAUUCUUGAUGCGGAAACUGAAGUUCUCUACGAGCGUCUCCAGGAAGUUGACCCGGUGAUGGCUAACAGGUGGCAUUGGAAUGACCGAAGAAAAAUCCGCAGGAGUCUACAGAUAUAUCUGCAAACCGGAAAACCUCAUAGCGAAUGGAUCAAGGAACAACACCAGCAUCGAUCGGUUCCUCACUACAGAUUUCCUCGUACCUGCAUCUUCUGGUUAUACGCCGAUCUCGAAGUUCUUGAUCAAAGAUUAGAUGCAAGGGUAGACAAGAUGAUUGAGAGAGGCCUUUUCAACGAAAUAGAAUACUUGAGAAAUGAAGUCAAAGAUGGAAAAAUGCAUGUACCACCAGAUCAAAACGCGGAGUACACACGGGGAAUCUGGCAGGCCAUCGGGUAUAAAGAAUUUGAUCCUUAUCUGAAAGCUUUGGAAGAUGCACAAAAAUCUGGUUUGGAUGACCCGGAUGCACUGGAAACAUGGAAUCGUGAUGUUCGCGAUAAAGCUAUUUCUAUUGCUGAAGAGUAUAUUAGGACCGGAAAUGGCCCAGAUCCAAGUUCAAUAAAUCCUGAACUUGCGGAACUUUUAAAACCAGCGAAGGAUACAGAGUAUUAA